UAACAGGACAAAAAAAAUCAAAUUGAGGUGUAUACCGAAUAUUACUGCCUCCGAGACCCAUCCAUUCCCAAAAUGUAACCCUCCUGCCCCCUUCCCCCCUAUCUAAUAAGCUGCAAGGUCUUGAAAAGACGCUGGGUUGGGCGGCUGGAUUGCAUGGAGCCCCGCCCGUAGAGCGCAGGCGAUCACGGAAUGGCGCAGUGAAAAGCGACCGCGGAAAGUGUGGGCAGGAGACGGAUUAGGCAGGAAGUCGCGGUCGGACCUGGCUGCAAGGAGGCAGUUACGCAGUUGAAAGAUCCCGCGAGAGAAAGGACCGAAAUGGCGGUGGAAGGUAACCGCGAACUCGAUCAAUGGGGUCAUGUGCGGCAUCAGACGUGGGAAAAGGCCACUCAGCAGUUGCGCCCGACUGCGAAAAUACAGCCUUGUCCUGUCGUACCCUCCGCUGUGUGUGAUACUACAGCCGGGUAUAUACGACUUAGGCCUCCGGUUGACACCAAUCCGGUCGGCAGCGUCUGAACGUGAUAUAAGUAUCUACUCACUUCCUCUUGCACUCGAUGCACUGUCCUGGCAGGCAUCUUCUUUCUUUGUAAACAACCGCUCGAAUCCGACCUUAGCCGCCCACUGAGCCGCUCUCUACCAAGCGCGUCUACUGCAACCGUGCUCACACGCGACCCGCACGCCAUAUUAAUACUUACCGGACCAGCGGCCGCGUCUCGUCCCUCGUCCUUCACCUCGUUCGUUUCUGUGACAACUUUGGCUCCCAUCUCCUCCACGUCACCAUGUUCGACGCCAUCCGCCGCCGCGUCAGCUUCACCAAGGUCGCAGGGGUGGCCAGUGCCGCGUAUAUGGUGCGAGGAUACAUCAAGGACCGGCUAGAUGACGUCAAAGAGCAAAUGGAACAAGAGCGCGCAGCUAAAGACAACCUCAAACGCCGCUUCAGCCAGACACAAUCUGACAUCUCGUACACCGUGCUCAUGCUGAUACCAUCGCUCGCGGAGCAGAUCCUGCGCGAGAUGGACGUCGACUCGCUGACGUUGGAACUCCAAGCGCAUGCAAAAUCGCGACAUACCAGCACCACCACCACCACCACCACUAGCGAAAGCUCGUCCUUGUCCGCCUCGGUCGCCAGCAGCGCGGAUCUGAGCACGACCUCGUCUAAUAUAGAUCUGCGCUCCGACGCGGGGCUGUCGGCGUCGACGCAGAGCUGGGUGGAGACCGGGCAGCCGGGCGAACACCGGGAGAUGGUUCUCGGCGAAUCUAUCGCCCCGGUGCACCUGAGCGACUCGCUGAUGACGACCACGACGUCGACGGACACGGACUCGAGCUCGAACAUCAGUAGCAUGCAAGGGUCUGUUGUGGACAGUGUUGCCGGCCCCGAGCCGGCCCGCCCGACCAAGGCAGAGCUCUGGAACGAACUGAAAAUGCUCACUGUCACACGCACAUUAACAACAGUAUAUACGACCACCCUGCUCUCUCUGCUCACCAACGUUCAACUGACAUUGCUUGCGCGGGGCCGAUAUGUUCGCUCGGUGAGGCAGCUCGAGAAGCGGCAGCGCCGGAUGCAGGCCACCUUACCGGACUUGACGAUGCUCAUCAGCAUGGGAUUGGGAUUUGGAGGUCUCGACUCGCUAAGGGAAGACGCUGAAGAGGAGGGGGAUGUUGCUGCUGGCUUCCCGUGGGAAGAGUCAUACGAGGACUCUGAAGAGGAGGAAGAGAUCGCCGCUGCCAAAUACCUGACGAUGACAUGGUGGAUACUGCAUGUAGGCUGGAAAGAUGUUGGAGAAAGGGUGCGAAGGGGCGUGGAAGAUGUGUUCAGCGGGGUAUCCCUGAAAACGAAGCUAUCACCAUCUGAUCUGCACCGGCUUGUUCACGAUGUGCGAAGACGCGUCGAACACGAAGUGACCUUUGAAGGGACAGAACGUAAAGUCGACUUCGGAACGACUCUUCUGCCCCAAACACCGGAAACGACACAGCACGUUCUGACCCAAGGGGGCUAUACCUCCAACUUCUUUCUCCCGCCGACAUCAAGCGAUCCGGAUCCCUUCACCGCGUUGAUCGAGGAGACGCUGGAGAUCGUUUCCUCCUCCGACUUUUCGCUUGUGUUCGACUGCUGUCUGGAUCGCGCGACGGAGGUUCUCCUGAGCUCGGUUGAGAACGCCGUGUUCCGGCCGUCGAGGGAGACUGUUCCUCCGGGGGAAGAAGUUAGGAUCCGUUUUGCGGGACUGCUCCCAGGGCUUGCGCGAUGGAGUCACCUGGCCCUGAACGGCCUACCGAACGAGCUUGUUGACAACAUUCUUGCCGUGCCACAGGUGUCGUUACUGAGCUCGAUCGUGUUUGGGCGAUUCGAGGAGAGGUUCCAGUAGCGACCUGAAACGGUCUAGUGCAUCGCUGUCUGUUACACAGAAAAUGUACGUAAAUAAUGCGAUAAGACAUAAAAAAAUGCGGUCGGGUGUGCCAAGUAUAUGUACAGUACUCUAGAGAUGUUCAUAAUAAAUA